AUGCAUUUAGACCCUUUCAAACUUUACCCUGGUGUCUCUUUCCCUUGGUUCUCCCAACACUGAAAACACCCCAAAAGGAUGGAGUUGUUCCAUCAGUACAGUAUGAGAUUGAACUUUUUACCUUUCUGCUGUAUAUGAAUGAAUGCUUGUGCUGCUUGAUUAGUCUCAGAACACAGAGUUAUGGUUCUUGCUGAUCGGUCUUCUAAGAAGAAAUCCUCUGCGAUGGGAUUGGAAAAGCCAAAGAGCAUGAUAGUUCGCGGCCCCAGCCUCGCCUCAGUUGAAUCCUUGUCCAUGCCUCUUGUUCAAGAAGUGGUUCUAUCAGCAGACAUUCGAUGCCCCCAGUGUCAAAGCAGAGUAGCUGAGAUAAUGUCGAGGAUGAAAGAAACGGAUUCUGUAUUAAUAAAUGUGUUGGAGAAGAAGGUAACAGUCACUUGUAGAUAUCCGGCCUUAUACAAGAAGCCUUUAGGCAAAGCUGCCAUAAUCAAGCGGAUAUUCCGUUCUCCGCGCGGUUGAUUAAUGACACAUAUCCAGAAUGCAUCAAGCAAAAAGUCUGUCUUACCAUAAUAAUCAGUGUAGUAGACAGAAUUAGCCAUGUAAAUAAUUGUUCAUUGACAGUCAUGAAUAUUGGAAAAAUAUAGAUAUAGUUGGUUCCUGAGCAUGCUACGUUCUUACUAGAAUGAAUGGUGAUUGUAAGAGAGCAUUGUACAAUUAUAACUACCACUUUGCCUUUGAGUUG